UUCCCGUUUAGCUACGUCAGGCGUUGUCCCCCCCGCCAGCCAUGCGUAUUGAGCUUGUUGUUGGGUUGGUUGUUAUGACUGGACGAGGCCUCGGACUAAAUUAGGUGAGAAACCCCAAACCCCCCGUCGCCGCCACGGGACACCCGCCAUGGAGGGCAUGGAAAUUGAUUUGGACCCGGAGCUCAUGCAGAAAUUCAGCUGCAUGGGCACCACUGACAAAGACGUGCUCAUCUCCGAGUUCCAGAGACUGCUUGGGUUCCAGCUGAACCCUGCCGGCUGCGCUUUCUUCCUGGACAUGACUAACUGGAACCUGCAGGCAGCCAUCGGUGCGUAUUACGACUUUGAGAGCCCCAACAUCAACGCGCCCUCGAUGUCCUUCGUGGAGGACGUGACGAUCGGGGAGGGGGAAUCUGUGCCCCCCGACACAGAAUUCACGAAGACCUGGAGAAUACAGAACACGGGCUCGGAGUCCUGGCCCCCGGGGGUGUGUCUGAAGUACGUGGGCGGGGACCAGUUCGGUCAUGUGAACAUGGUGAUGGUGCGUUCGCUGGAGCCCCAGGAGGUGUGUGACGUCAGCGUGCAGAUGCGCAGCCCGGUGGCCCCGGGCAUGUACCAGGGCCAGUGGAGGAUGUGCACGGCCACGGGACUCUUCUACGGGGACGUGAUCUGGGUGAUCCUGAGCGUGGAGGUGGGCGGGCUCCUGGGCGUGACGCAGCAGCUGUCGUCGUUCGAGACGGAGUUCAACACGCAGCCGCACCGCAGCGUGGAGGGCGACUUCAACCCCUUCGCCUCGCCGCAGAAGAACAGGCACCCCUCCAGCGAGGGCAGCCUCAAAGACCCGGGGGGCCCCUGGGGCGACGGAGCGCCCCCCGACAAAAUCCACCAGGAUCAAAACGGACUGUCACACAACUCUGUAAAUAUAACACCAAACGGUCUCCAGAGCAACCUAUCAGUAGUGACAUACAGCCAGCCGUUGAAUUCCGCACUGGACAAACACAGUGUGUCAGUGAGCCAGGCCUUGCAGUCACAGACAGAACUGGCAGGAUUUGAGGCCUACUGACUGGGCCACUGACUGAAUUUGGGGUACGGUGUCCCCCCCUGGUAGGCUCCAUUCGCUCACAUUUUGAUGCCGUUUCUCAUUCGCGCAGCAGGAAAUGUAAGCAGCUCCAGUUUGGAGCUAGGCUAACGGCCUAAGCUAUCAGGCCCAAGCACCUGCACUCAGACCUGAACAUAAAAACACUGGAAAGUGACGAUGAGAACAGGCCAUGCAGACUAAGAAAACCCGGGCCCCUUAAAAAGCUGUGCUACACAGAGUAUAAAAAUUGUACCUCGUGAAGAGGUUCUCAAGAGAAAAUAUGUUAUUUUCCAGGUGGUUUUGAAUUCCAGUGCAUUGCGGCAGUGUGUAUUCCAGUGCAGUAUGCAAGUGUGUAUUCCAGUGCUGUGUGUUGUUGCCCUGUCAGUGUUGAAUUAAAUGCUCUGGCAGAAUAGGCCUCUUGGGUGGCCGUUGCUCUCAUGUAGAGGAUGUGAUCAGAUAACGUGCUGGUGUUUGAGCCCCUGGUCCCACCCACGCUCCUAAGGUAACCCUCCUUCCUCUCCCUCUCUCCCUCUUUCUUUCUCUCUCUCUCUCCCUCGUUCUCUCUCCAUCCCUCCUUCUCUCUCUUUCACAGGGUAUUCAUGGGCCCUAUCCUUUCGGACAGUCUUAAAAGAGAGGGAUCGCCGUGAUGGGCAGUCGCCUUACGGUCACCCCAAAGAGGGGACAAGGGGGGGGUAACAGAAAUUUCAUACUGACACUUGGCCAGACCCCUUACACCCCUGCCACCCCCACCCGCCCAAACAGCAACGCAGAUGAGAAGUGAAGAUUCGGCUGUUUUGCUCCCUAUAAAUAAUUCAACCUACAUCCACAAGCACCCAAUGUACGCAUGUGUGAAUGCUAAAUUAAAAAGAGUGAUAGAGAUCUUUUAAAAGAGAUGUCAAAUACACAACUUACUUUUUUUAUUAUUAUUUUGUUCUGCCAUCACGCAAUUAAGUGGAGACUGCUGGUUUGAGAGAGAGGAGCGAGCGUGUGCUUGUUGCGUGCAUGCAUGUGUGUGUGUGCGUGUGCACGCGGGCGCAAGUGUGCACACAUAGGGUUUGAGACACACGAUGUGAAAAAGCCAUUUAAAAGUUAUUUUGCCUGUUGAGAGAUUGGUAGUUUUUGAAUUAAUGUUGAAAUGUGUUCAAUCUUUUGUCUUUUUUUUUUUUUUUUUUCUUUUUUUUUUUUUUACAUUUUAAUAAUAAUUUCAAAGUGUAUACUCUUUGGGGGAGGAAUGUAUGCGCGUCUUUAUGUGAAGUUCCCACGCGGUGAUGUGAGUCUCUGGACGUGGCAUUGCUUAUUCAGGCAUUCAGCAGGUGCUCAUCUCCAGCAUGGCUAAUGCGGUAUGUAACAUGUUUUUACAUACAAUCCAUUCAUACAGCUGGCUAUUAUUACUGAAGCAGUUCAAUUUUAGCACCUUGCUCUAGGGCAGGCUCAAUCUUAUCCGGAAAGGGCCGGUGUGGGUGCAGGCUUUUGUUCCAACUGGGCAGUUACACACCUGAUUUUACUAAUCAACCCCUUGGGAUCUUUGCUAAGCACCCUGAUUAGUGGAAUCAGGUGUGUAACUGCCCA